GGAAAUCCACAAAUACUAAAUAAAGGAAAAAAUCAAUAUCAUGCAUGUUGUCGUCUUCCGAACAAGGUAACACGAUUAAUACAACGGGAAGAGGUGGAUCCACUACUAAUUUACCAGCAUACGCCGUUUUCAUUCCCAUCCCGCAGGCGAAGCGAAAACAUUUUUCUCCAAUGGAUGUUGCUUUGAAGUCACCGGCAACCAGCUUCUUUCAAUUGAACAAGAAACCUGAUACCCGGUCUUUUAUCCGCUUUCCCUGCCAUAGAUUAGCAGUCCCGAGUACGAGAUUCACUCCAAUGGCUGCUGUCAGCACUACCCAAACCGUCGGGCUCUCGGAGACUUUCACAAGAUUGAAAAAACAAGGCAAAGUGGCGUUUAUUCCAUACAUCACAGCUGGUGAUCCCGACCUUUCUACCACAGCAGAAGCUUUGAAGGUGCUUGACUCCUGUGGAUCAGACAUAAUUGAGCUGGGUGCACCGUACUCUGAUCCUUUGGCAGAUGGUCCAGUUAUCCAGGCUGCGGCUACACGUUCCUUGGCAAGAGGGACCAAUUUCAAUGCAAUUAUUUCAAUGCUGAAGGAGGUGGUUCCGCAAUUAUCUUGUCCACUUGCAUUAUUUUCAUAUUACAAUCCGAUUCUCAAGCGUGGUGUCAAAAAGUUCAUGUACACUGUAAAAGAGGUUGGAGUACAUGGGCUUGUGGUCCCAGAUGUUCCUCUAGAGGAGACUGAACUUCUGAGGAAGGAAGCAGCAGAGAAUGGAAUUGAAUUGGUACUGCUCACUACACCCACUACUCCAACAGCUCGAAUGAAAGCCAUUGUUGAAGCUGCAGAGGGAUUUGUGUACCUUGUAAGCUCAGUUGGGGUUACUGGUGCCCGCACAUCUGUGAGUGAUCGGGUUAAAACCCUUCUCCAAGAUAUUAAAAAGGCAUCAACCAAACCUGUAGCAGUUGGCUUUGGCAUAUCCACACCUGAGCAUGUGAAACAGGUUGCAGGAUGGGGAGCCGAUGGUGUGAUUGUUGGGAGUGCCAUGGUGAAGCUGUUGGCUGAAGCAAAAUCCCCGGAGGAAGGUUUGAAGGAAUUAGAAAGUUUCACUAAAUCCCUAAAAGCCGCACUUGAAUGAGAGCAAUUUUUAUGGUAUAAACUGAACUUGACUAGUCUUUAUGUUAAUUUUGAUAUGCAUUAUAAAUAAGAAUACAUUGUUGAGCAUUUUGAGAUGAUUAUAACUAAAAAAAUUUCCAUUCUCGUUCA